AUUCAAAGAAGGAAAAUUUUGUCGAGAAUAUUUUAAAAUUUUUUUUGAAAUCUUAUCAUGCCUCUUGAUUUAAGGCCACCAGAAUCCGUUCGUGAAAUGAAACAAUUAGAUCACAGUGCGUUUCAAAGGAAAAUCGGUGUCCCUGGCCUGAAAGUGGAUGCUAAACAUUGCUCUGUCCUUUUGAAACAGCUCAACAAAUGUUUGUUAAAUCAACCAAAAUUAAAAAACAUUGUGGCUGAUCCUGGAGGGGAUUUGAAGAAGAAAAUAGUUUUGUUAAAUACAGAAGUUUUACUGAACGAAGAACAAGAGGAGUUGUUAAAAAGCUGUAAUUGCGAGAGGGUAAGAUAUGAGUUGAGUUUGGGGUACGAUUACUGGAGCUCUGAUCAAAUUCUCAGAGCUGUGCUGCCAGUUGAUAUUGGUGAAGUUACUACAGCCUUUGAAAGUGUGGGUCAUAUUGCACAUAUGAACUUGAGGGAAUGUCAGUUGAGUUACAAAAAGUUAAUUGGUCAGGUUAUUUUGGACAAAAACUUGCCUCAAAUCAAAACCGUUGUAAACAAGGUGAACUCUAUCGACGAGACGUACAGAUUCUUUCAAAUGGAAUUACUGGCUGGAGAAGACGACAUGGUCGCCACGGUGAAGGAAAGGGGUUGUAGUUUCACUUUCGAUUUCUCCAAAGUUUACUGGAACUCGCGUCUGCAAAACGAACACAAACGGCUGGUUGACAUCUUCCAAAAGGAUGAGGUCAUUUGCGACAUGUUCGCCGGGGUGGGACCGUUUGCGAUUCCCGCCGCGAAAAAGGGUUGCGUGGUUUAUGCUAAUGACCUAAACCCCAAAUCCUUUGCGGCAUUGGUUAAAAAUUGCCAGGUGAAUCGUGUUGAGAAGUAUGUGCAUUGUUUCAACAUGGAUGCGCGGGAAAUUUUGAAACAUUUGCUGCAGAAAGACAGAAGAUUGUGUUUUGAUCAUGUGAUUAUGAAUCUCCCGGCAACCGCGGUCGAGUUUUUAGACGUUUUUAGAGGACUUUACAGGAUCGUGAAACCACUAGAGGUGGGUGAUGAGACUGGGACUGGAGUCGAAUCUACCACAAAGCUUCCCAGGGUGCAUUGUUAUUGUUUUUCGAAGGCAGAAGAUCCGGUUCUCGACACAAAGUUGCAGGUUUCGUCGAGGUUAGGAGUGGUGGAGUUGGAACAUUGUGAGGUCCAUAACGUACGGAGUGUAGCUCCGAAGAAAAUGAUGAUGUGCGUGUCGUUUCGACUGCCGCAAGAGGUGGCAUUUGAUGAGCACGAUUGCGGUGGAAGUGCAAGAAAGAGAGAUCAGAGCGAGGAAGGUGUAACAAGUGAUGAAUUUACGAAACGGGCGAAGGUUGUAUAGGAGAGCGUAUAUGUAUAUUAAUACAAGACGCAACCAUAGACCCAGUUUUUUUGGAAGGGUGAGAAAAGCUUGGUGCAUGGGAGUGCAUUGUGAAAAAAAUAACCGAGGCAUGGUUCCUCCAUCAUCCACUAAAUAUAUGUGAUGAACAAUUUUUAUUUGGUACUGAAUUUAUGAUCACUGAUCUCAGUGUCUUUUUAAAGAUUAGUCUUACUCCGCAUUAAAGAAUACUUCUGAUGAACGCUGUUA